AUGAACAAAUCACAUUUGAGUCGGGUGAACAACUCUAAUGCGGUCGUCACGGCAAACGAUGUCGGUAGCUUCGUAUCCGUACGUGGUGUUGGAAAAGGCAUUUUACACUAUGUCGGUGAAGUUCAUGGUAAGGAAGGAUUGUUCUGUGGAAUUGAAUUAGAUGCUCCGACGGGGAAACACGAUGGAACGUAUCAGGGUGUCGUCUACUUCGUCUGUCCACCGUAUCAUGGGAUUUUUGCGCCAAUCUAUCGUGUCGAAUUAGACGAGAUCGAUGAUGUGCCUAUGAUGACCGCAUCACAAUCGACAAGAACUACUGAGAGAUUAUCCCGUUCGGCUUUACCCGCUCUGCAACUUCGCAACAUAUUUCGACCUGAGGAUCCUAUGCAAGCGUCGAUCACCUCUGAACAGAUGAUGGAAGGCUCAACAUUCUCAACGGUUUCCUGGGGCGAUCCAGACGCAUCGAUGUUGUCCUCACAUACUACAUAUAUCAUUCCACCAGGACGAAGCACUUUGCUGGAACCGGAAGAAUGCGAUUUAAUGAGUAUUUCUGCUCCGAAAUCGAUUUUAAAUGUUGGAUCGAUAGUAGAAGCGAAACGAGAGGACGAUGUUACAUUAGGCACUUCUGUGGUAUUGGACGAGUCUCGAGUCGGCGUCGAGAAUCUUCCGGUCGUCGAAGACGAUGACGGCGACAACGAUGACGAUGAUGAUGAUCUGGAAACGCCUCUGGUAGAAGCAGCGCCUCAUUGGCAACCGUCGUUGAGCAGAUUUGUUCCACCUCCUUCCGUACUGGAAUCGAGCCUUCCGCAAAUCGAAGUGUUACAAGAACACACUUCUAAUGCUUCUCCUAUAAGAGCGAAUUCGAGGCAAUCAGACGAUACCGGUUACCACGGCGAGAGCGACACCAGUCGACUAGAGCAGGAUGACCGUAAUGGAUUGAACAAACCAUAUCGCCAACCAACUAGAAAUGAACUAUUACCAGUAGCACGACGUCGUAAUCAGCCACGUCUCUCACCUCUUCACAAGGAUGAGGAUCAUCCUGAUAAACAACCGAAACAUUCAAGAACAAGACUGGACAAGGAGCCUCCUCCACCUCCACGAUUUCCUGUGAAACCGAAACCUCCAUCGAAACAUCAAUUAAUGAUGGAAGCGAUUAAGGCAUCCAUUGAGGCGGAUAAGUUGAAGCCGAAGAAAGAGGUGAAAGCGAGAAUCUCGUUGCUACCACCACCACGUGCUCCACCGCCACAAGUCGAAAACACCGCCGCAGGAGAUAAAAUGGCAGAGACCCCGAAAAGAACCGUGAAACAACCGUUGAAGAGCGUGAACGUGAUGCCACCGAAGCCGGCGGUUGAAAGGCCGAAGAAGGAACGAAAACCGCUCUACGUCCCUCCACCGCCGAAAGAACGUAAAGAAGUGAAGACAUCAACUCCAAUAGCGAAAAGUGCCGAAAAAAUCAUCGACACACCGAACGUGUCCAAGAUCGAGGAGACACCGCCUCGGCAGCUCAAGAGCAAGACUCAAUUCCCGACCUCAUCGUUUGCUGGAGGAAAACCACAACUGAAAUCACGAUCCUCUGCUAUAGCAAAACUCAAUGGAACGGCAGCUACGGAAAUUUCAAACGCCGAAAAACUUCAACGAUUACGAUUUGUCACAAGGGCAUUCGAUGCGAUUUGUGUGAUGGUUGCAUGGUCAGAAUUUCAACGCGAUCAAAUAUGUUCACAGUUAGAUGAGGCGAAUGAAAAACUUGCUCGACAAUCAGAAAUUCUCGAAGAAUUGCGGAUGUGCUUAGGUCAACGUGAAAAAUUACACCAUGACGAUCUGGAUCGACAUAAAAACUACAAUGAACAAGUUGCACGAUCACAUGCGGAAGAAGUGGAACGACUUAAGGAACGUUAUGAAGCACAGUUGACGGAAAAGGCGAAAGAGUCGGAACGAUCGUUAGAGGAUGAACGAAGCAGACAUGAGGCCGAGGUGGAGGCGAUGAGUCGACGACAUCAAAAGGUUGUCACAUCCUUAGAUGAAAAAAUUGCCGAAGGUGAAAAAAUGAUCGAAAAAUUGAAAGCUGACAAAAAAGCGCUUCAGAUUGCUCUCGCAAACGAUAGCGAUCAGCGUAAUCAGAUGUUGACAAAGGAGAUAAAUUCAUUGCAAACAGCAUUGGAAUUUAAAAGUAGCGAAAUGAAGGAUUUACGUCAGAAAUAUCAACAGGUUGCAUUGCGGGUGGAGGAAAUACCAGUGAAGGAACUUGAGAUUACUAAACUAAAGCAUAAAGUAAUCGAAUUGAAACAGGCGUUGGACCAGAAGCUGAACCAUGAGAAGAUACUAGUACAUCAAAAUGAAGAACUGAAACGUCAACAAUUAGCGAUCGAAGAGGAACGUGAAAGUAUGCAACGCAGUUUCGAUGUGAUGGUGUAUCGUUAUGAAACCGGUGACGAUCUCGAUUCAAGUGGAGGUCAGAAACAAAAAACCUUCGAUAAAUGUUUGCAUAGAGAAGGUGAUUUAAAACCUGGCAAAGUACAGUUUCGUUCACGUUCCAGCAAUUCGGAUCGUCCACAUUCGAAUGCGAGACUUUCACAGAUUUCAUUUUGUGAAAUGGAUCGAUCAACGGACCGUGAUUCACUCAUCCGUUCCACCGUAUCAAUGUACGCGUCACAAGUUCAAUUGCCGGAAAAUCAUGCGGAUGACGUCAUCUAUGCUCCUGACGAGAUAAUUACAAGCAGUGGAUUAAAUAAUCGAACUGAAAGCUUGUCUUUAUGCUCGAAAGAUGACGUUGAACGAAGCGUGAACGGGAAUCUUCAUACACAAGCGGAUUCUGGCAUUGGAUUAUGA